UCAGGAGCAUGCAUAGCCUCCAAAAGCAGCCGAGGAGUAGCACGUGAACUAUAGUUUUGUCAAGUUCUUUUGUCGUACUUUCUGUACUUUUCUUUUUUUAUUUUGCGCCUGUGAGAAGCCCCAGGGGGUUCCCGGCGAGGAGGCGAGGGUCGCGAUGGACGUGCUGUCCUCGGAGCACCAGCAGGCUUGCGCGCCCCUCCUGCAGGGGCUGUGGGAGCGCGUGCGUGCGGGGCAGGAGGUGAUCCUGCUCUGGCCGCUCCUGCCCGCGUCGUGCGCCUUCCUCGCGCACGUCCUCUUCUGCGCCCCUUUCCUGGCGCUGGACGCGCUGGCCGGCGUGUUCCAGCGCGUGCGCUCCUGGAGGAUCGCCGCGGGCUCGGGCCCGCCGCCGCCGGCCCGCCGGUGGCUCGGCUGCUUUUGCGCUGUGCUGUGCAGGUACCUGACCGUCGUCCUGCCCGCCAGCGCGCUGUUCCAGAUCGUGCGCAGCCCCGCGCUGCCGGCGCAGGCCCCGUCCUGCCUGCAGCUCUUCGUGGAAGUCUGCGCGUGUUUGCUGCUGUUCGACACGCUCUUCUACGUGUGGCACUUCUCCAUGCACAGGGUUCCCUGGCUCUACCGCAACAUCCACCAGCACCACCACCGGCACCGUGUGCCCUUUGCUCUGGCAGCCCAGGAUGCCAGCUCGACUGAGUUGCUGUCUCUGCUGCUGCUGGCCCUGAGCAGCACCUGGGUGGUGGGCUGCCACCCUCUGAGCGAGGUCCUCUUUCACCUCCUCAACAGCUGGAUGGCAGUGGAAGACCACUGUGGCUACAAUCUGCCCUGGGCUCUGCACAGACUGCUGCCCUGUCUGGGAGGAGCCCCCUUCCACCAAGCCCACCAUGGCCUACACCGUGGCAACUACGCCCCCUACUUUACCCACUGGGAUCACCUCUUUGGCACAUACCACGAAUGAGUGCUGUAUGCACAUCGAGAGUGAUGGCAAAUGCAGCAAUUUGGGAAAAUGCAAAUUUGAAAUUUACAGUGACUGUUAACAUGACUUUAAGGAUGUAUUCUGCACAUCUGGCUUUCCUGAUAAGAGGCACACCUCAUAAUACAGCAGGAUAUGUACAAUCAAAGACAAGACAUUUUUAGACUUGUGACCACAAAUCGCAGGACUGUCAUAAAACUUACCUCAUCGGAAAAUGAAGAUACUGCAUCGUUCCCUCAGAACUACUACGUACAGAUUGUUGAUUUCACCAAUUUUUGUGGACCAAUCUCAUGGUCCCAAGCAAUACUGGGUAGUACAGUGUGAUGGUAUUUGGAAGAUUCUAUGGCUUGUUCCAUAGCAAUUCAAUGCAGCUGGAGAUGAAAUGAGCGCAGGAUUAGCAACAAAUGAUCCCUUAUGAUGUGUGCUUGGAUGUGAUUGAAUUUUUUUUUUUUGGGGGGGGGGGGGGG